UUUUUUUUAAUGUCUUUUUGUAAAAUGCAAGAGCGGGAUAGAGGCAGCGUUCAUACAUAAUCAGCGCCGUAGCGAAACAAGGACAAACGCCGGGGGGACAGGAGCAACCGAGCGGCCGCCGAGGUGUACACACCGAUACUCAAAAGAUCUCAUUUGUUUGUGAUGAGCAUCCCCGUCCACCGGAGACCAAAGGUACGGCCUGCCCCCGUUGUUCCCUCUGAGAGGACGAGGAAGUGAUGUCACGCCACCACCACCGCUUCGAGAGGGACUACCGGGGACCUUGGGAGCGGAGAGACAUCCGUCCGUCUGGCCUCCACAAUGGAGGAGCCAAUCACAGCUGUGCCUCUGCCGUCGUCAAUGGCAACAACCGUCCGGGGCUACUUCCCCUCCCAGUCAUCCCCUCCCUCCUCCCCACCCCGGCUACAGUUGCCGUGACAACGUCGAGCGGCGACAUCGCGGUCAAGAGAGGCAUCGCGGCGGUGGGAUCGGCGGCUCCGGCGUCAGCCAAGGUCUCGGGACUGUCUCCCGGAGACAACCAGACCCCGGGACUCCUGCUUGCUCCGGGGGUGAGGUGGGGACAGACGCCCAUCAACCAGCUCACGCCGUGGGAUACAGAUGAGCCCCCUGCCAAGCAGCACCGAGAUGGCGAGCCCAGCGGUCCAGCCUGGGCGGCGCCGGUAGCAGCGGUGAGCCAGCCCAGCCUCCUGCCCCACACCUACGCCCUUCCUCAGCCGCCUUCUUUCAACCACACCGUCACCGCGCAGUCCCCCAUCAUCGGAGUCAGCCCGUCCAUUCAGAGCUCAGUGCCCCCGCAACACCCCCUCAUGACGGCCCACUUCCAGCUGACGCCACAGUCCACCCAGCAGCCGCCCUCCAUGGUGCUGAGCAUGCCCAGCCAGCCGCCGUACCCCUCGGCCCAGCCCGCCGUCACGCCGUCCGCCCUCGCCGCCCAGGCCAACCAGGUGGUUCACCCCAACCCUCACGGCAUGAUGGGCAACGGCCACUUAACCUCCCACCCCAGCCUCAUCCAGCCCCCGUCCCUGCACCUCACCAACGGACAGGCGACAGCGGCGGCGGCGGCGGCCGCCCACGGCCACCCCACAGACAAUCAGGACGCUCCCAACGGGCUCCAAAUGCUGCGGACGGUCGGCAGCGGGAAGUACGAGUUCAGCGACCCGGGACAUCCCAAAGAGAUGUUGAAGGAGUUGAACCAGCAGCGCAGAGCGAAAGAGUUUACAGACCUGAAAAUUAUUGUUGAAGGCAAAGAGUUUGAAGUCCACCAAAAUGUUCUAGCUUCCUGCAGCUUGUAUUUCAAGGACCUGGUGAAAAGGUCACUGGGCGAGACGAGGAGCGGGGAGAAGCUGGAGCUGAGCAUGAGCAACAUCGGCGCCGACGUGCUGGAGCUGCUGCUGGAGUUCGUCUACACGGGAUCGCUGGUCAUCGACUCGGCCAACGCCAAGACGCUGCUGGAGGCGGCCAACAAGUUCCAGUUCAACACCUUCUGUAAAGUCUGUGUCUCCUUCCUAGAGAAACAGUUGACCGCGUCGAACUGUCUGGGCGUGCUGGCGAUGGCCGAAGCCAUGAGCUGCACGGAGCUCCACAACAUGGCCAAAGCCUUCGCGCUGCAGAACUUCCCUGAGGUGGCCGGUCAGGAGGAGAUUCUGAGUGUUUCCAGGGAGGACCUGGUGUCCUACCUGUCCAACGACAGUCUCAACACCAAGGCGGAGGAGCUGGUCUAUGAAACGGUGAUCAAAUGGAUCAAGCAGGAGCCCAACUCCAGAGUGCAGCAUUUGUCGGAGCUGCUGGCGGUGGUCCGCCUCCCCUUCAUCCACCCGUCCUACCUGCUGAACGUGGUGGACAACGAGGAGCUCAUCAAGUCCUCGGAGGCGUGCCGCGACCUGGUCAACGAGGCCAAGCGCUACCACAUGCUCCCCCACGCGCGGCAGGAGAUGCAGACGCCCCGGACCCGGCCGAGACUCUCCGCCGGUGUGGCCGAGGUGAUAGUUCUGGUGGGAGGGCGUCAGGCCAUCGGGAUGAACCAGCGAUCCCUGACAGCGGUCACCUGUUUUAACCCCCAGAACAGUAAGUGGUACCCGCUGGCCAGCCUGCCCUUCUACGACCGCGAGUUCUUCAGCGUCAUCUCGGCGGGAGACAACAUCUACCUGUCAGGGGGGACGGAGUCGGGCGUGAUGGUGGCCGACGUCUGGUGUUACAUGUCUCUGCUGGACAACUGGAACCUGGUGUCCCGGAUGACCGUGCCUCGCUGCAGACACAACAGCCUGGUGUACGACGGCAAGCUGUACACCAUCGGGGGCCUGGGGGUGUCAGGAAACCUGGACCACGUCGAGAGGUACGACACGAUCACCAACCAGUGGGAGACCGUCUCGCCUCUCCCCAAGCCGGUGCACUCUGCGGCAGCCACCGUGUGCGGAGGGAAGGUGUACGUGUUCGGAGGCGUGAACGAGGCCGGCCGCUCGGCGGGCGUCCUCCAGUCCUACGUGCCGCAGAGCAACACCUGGAGUUUCAUCGAAUCGCCCAUGAUAGAUAACAAAUACGCCCCUGCAGUGAGCCUAAACGGUUUUAUAUUCAUCCUGGGAGGGGCCUACGCUCGAGCUACCACUAUCUACGACCCAGACAAAGGCAACAUCAAGGCCGGGCCCAACAUGAAUCACUCGCGGCAGUUCUGCAGCGCCGUCGUCCUGGACGGGAAGAUCUACGCCACCGGGGGCAUCGUGAGCAGCGAGGGCCCCGCCCUGGGCAACAUGGAGACCUUCGACCCCUGCAGCAACACGUGGACGCUGCUGCAGUCGCUGCCCUGCCCGCUCUUCAGACACGGCUGCGUGGUCAUCAAGAAGUACAUCCAGAGCGGCUGAGGGUCGGGGGUCGGCGCCGAGACGCACGCGCACACACACAUACACACAAACACAAACACACACACACAGGACGCACGGUUUGUGGGACGACGUGUGACGGCAGCUUAGAGCCGGGGCCACCAACCUCUGGACAUGACGCCAGCAUCCAUCCACACCGCUCCCCCCCCCUUCUUCCUUUAUCGUUCAGACGAGACGACCCCUGACCCCGCCCACCCUGUGCAGAAUGUACUCAUGCUCGACUACUCGGCCAUGUCAGGUGACCAUGCCUAACCUCCAGUACUGUAUGUGUCAUGGUGGUAGUUGAUCCUCAUAAACAGGCACAGGGGCCCCUCUUAGUAAUUUACAAGCUUUAUUUUUUUGUUUUGUUUUUUGUUUUUUAAUGUCAUUCUUUUAAAUUCUGUCUUUUCCGACUGUCUGUGAAUGCACCGCCUGAUCCUUUCCUUUAAACUCCUCUGAGCGCGCUCAGUGAAAGCCAUCGCAGGUUCAGACCUCCACCAGAUUAACUGUGUACAUUUCUCAGUGGAGACAUCUACAGGACGGGAGGACGAGGGCGGCGGCGGCGGCGGAGGGUCCGUAUCCCUCCUUAUCGCUGGAUGUUGACGAGUUUCCUCUUUCUCCCCACUGUAUCAGGAAGCCAAAAAAAAAAAAAAAAAAAGCCAUUGUGAAGAUUUACGAGGUAAUCUGAAAACCAGAUUUGGACGUGCGCGAUUCUUUUAAUGACUCGCCGAACAUCGGAAAAACCAUCAAACCGAGGUCAAGCAGGGUUUAAAGAGGGAAAACACCAGGUUUUUCUUCCCCGUCAUUCUUGUGCAAUUCCAGCCUGAUGGAGAUAUCAUCUGGUGUGUUAAGUGGCUUGUUUUCAGCCUCCACUGCGUGAGGAGAGAGGGCGAAACUCCCGCUCAAACCGUUCCUCCGGGAUAAAAAAAGCACAAUAUUCACCUGUGACUGUUACCAUAGACGUUUUCUCUGUCUUUCAUAAGCGUCCCCCCCCCCCCUUCUUCUGUUUUAUACGUGUUACAUCGCAACCCUGCAGAUUAGGCUGGGUUGGUUAUUCUGUAAAUACAGGAAGGAAAUAUGUAUAUUUUAAAAACCUGAAGGCAAUUCUGUAUAAAUGUUUUUAGAAAAAAAAGUGAUAGGCUGGAUUGAAAAUGGUAUGUCUGUAAAUCUGUACCCGAGGAGGAGAGAAUUAACAAUUGUUAUUAUUGAAACCUAAUACAUAUACCAGAACAUGAGCUCGUGUCCCGGCUGUUCUUCGUGUCUCGUCUAUCUGGUGUCACGUUUUUAUUCAUUUGAUGGAAGAAGAAGAAGAAAAGCGAAACCUUUCCAAAGUUCAAUUUGCACCUUUAUUCAAGUAUAUCACAGCAGUUUAUUUGAGAAAUACAGUAAAUGUUUCAUUUCAAAUAUAACUUACACUAAAGUAACAACUGCGAACGAGUGUGUUAAAUACACAAACAAAAAAACAAAAAAGAACAAAGUCUUCGACUAAAUUAGCUGGAGGAAAACAAAAAAAACAAAAAAAAAAAAGAGGGAAGAACAAAGUCAUCAAGGAGAGAACAAGCCUUUUCCUUCUGCAUACUGGACUAAGGAGUCUCAACUACCAGACAAAAAUUGGUUGUUAGUCCAAACUGGCUACAAUUGAUAAAAAAGAAAGGAAGA